CAGGUUUUUUGAAUCCAGCGCGGUCACCAAGGCAAAUGACAGGAGCUAGAGACUGUUUGUGUAUUUUUUCUAUUCAUGAACAAUAAGAAUAAUUUAUUUUUAUAAGUUGUAUGUAACUCCAUAUAAAUCCCAUGGAGUUCUAGUUAACUGGUUUACAGGAUUGGCGUUUUCCGGUUUUAACAAUGAGUACCAGGAGACUAACGGAUGCAGUCAUAACAACGCUGCACUGCUACAGCUGUAUAAUCCAGGAGUGCUGCGGUUACAUCGUACACUGAGGACGUCAUCAUGUACAGUAAACGUGGUAUAUCAGAGAUGUCCUCUGUUCCCAUGAGCAACAGCAGCAUUACAGGUCUCCUGUCUGCACUGUGUGAUCGCAGCUUGUCCGGAGUGUCAUGGAAGCGCCGCACUUUCAGUGGUGUCCCUCGUGCAUCGCUCCACCGCACCCUCCGUAGACGUGCCUAUGCCAUGCUGCUUUCCAAACUUUUCCAGGACAGUUCAUCCAAACCCACAUCGUCGAUGACGAGCGCUUUAGCCUGCACACCACCUUACAACAAAAUGCUUAUGAUCUCCUUUGACCUGCGUGUCUCGGGUCGUGCCGAGGAUGCAGAGAGGCUUGAGGGCCUGCUGGGGCAGCUGCGUAAAGCGGGCCACUCCUCUGGUCUGACUGAACUGGACUCAGUGCUGGAGCUCUUGGCACAGCUGGCGGGUUCAGGUCCUCCCCCCGUAUCCUCGUUCAGCAUGGACUGCAUGCGGCGUGAGCGGCCUGUGCUGCGCAGACCUCCGCUGUCUGGUUACCUCAGCGAGGAGCUGCAGAGGCUGGAGAGUAGGACAUGGGCUCUAGUGUGUGAGGAGGAGUGGGGAGAGCUCAGAGGGGUUUGCAGGACUCUUAGCAUACUGGACGCUCCACCAGGGACCGGACUGUUUGGAUUGGAGAGAAGGCUGGAAGGAGAGGAGAGAUUCGAGAGAGACACUAGGCUGUCUCUGUUUGGAGCGCUGCAGCACUCGAGGACAACGGAUUUAGAUGUCCGGCUCGACCUGCCACCAGUGCCCAGUAAUGCAGAUGUCACGGGACUCAAUAUACGGGUUCCUCAGUGUUUGGAUCAGUCUGAGGAUGAAGGAUUCCAGUCUGCCUCCAAUCUGACUCCUGACUCCCAGUCUGAGCAGAGCCCCAGCCCUGAGCCUGACGUAUGGGAGGCCUUGCGCACUUUUGUACCUGCUAGACGUCGCUGCUGGGAAAAUGUGGGCUGUCCUCCAGGUCAGAAAGAGCCUCCGUAUCUGACGGAAGCAGGCAGAGAAGCGUUUGACCAGUUGUAUCGGCUUUGGGAAGGCGAGAUGAGGAACAUGCUCUCCUCUCACACUCCCUCUCCUCUCCUGCCCCUGCCCCUGGACUGCCAGACUCAGCUAGUUAAAGACCUCCUCAACGUGCUGAUAGGUGUGGCUUCUGUCACUUUCCCCCUCAAUGAGUCGAGUGUUCAGUUUGAUGUGCGUGCCGACGUGUGUGUGUCUGGAACGUCCCCGGAGAGUGUGUCGCGCCUGUUAGAGGAGCUGGCGCAGUACGGCACGCAUUACCUUCGCCUGAGCCGCUUCGCUCUGGGCUCUGCUGAUAAGAAAGGCCUGGUGUUUCAGGCGUUUACAGCUGGCCUGCGGCGCUAUCUGCACUACUACAGAGCGUGUGUACUAAGCACACCCGCCACUCUCAGCCUCCUCACCAUCGGCUUCCAUUUCCGCAAGCUGGGCCGACAGCUCAGGUACCUCUCAGAGCUGUGCUGUGUGGAUGGCACUGGUGGGUCAGGUCAGGCGGGGUUUCCUGUGGGUGUGAAGCUUCUCUCCUAUCUGUACAACGAAGCACAGAGCAACUGCAGCAAUGAGAACUACCCUGUACUUCUGUCUCUGCUCAAGAGCAGCUGUGAACCUUACACACGGUUUGUAUCCGAUUGGGUGUACAGUGGCGUCUUCAGAGAUGUCUAUAAAGAGUUCCUGAUCCAGGUGAACGAGGACUACCUGGGCUACAGAGAUAAGCAUUUCUGGGUGCAGGGCUACACUCUGAUCUCUCAGGACGCAGAGGACUGCGUGCCCGUGUUCCUUCGUCAUAUCGCCAACGAUGUUUACGUCUGUGGAAAAACCAUCAACCUGCUGAAAAUCUGCUGCCCACAGCAUUAUAUCUGGUCGGAGGUGCCCGUGCCUCGUAUCGCCGUGACGUUCUCUCUGAGGGAGGUGGAGGAAAUCGAGAGAGACUGCGCCGUGUACCGCGGCCGCAUGGAGACCAUCGCCAAGCAGAGCGCCGUCAGCAGAGAGGAGCAGGCGUUACGUACCGAGCUGGCACGACAAGAGCUCAUCAAUCAGGUCAGAGAGUCAGCAGCCAAGACGCUGGAGAGCAUCCGAGGCCGCCAGGUGUCACAGCGUCUGGCUGAAGAGGCGAAGAAAAGAGAUCGCUACGAAGAGAUGAGGCAGCAGCUAGAGCUCGACCAAGAGUGGCGGAGCGCCGUUAGAAAGAAGGAGCAGGAGGAUGACUAUAGCUUUGCCCGAGAGCUUAGAGACAGAGAACAGAGGCUGCAGGCCCUCGAGGAGCAGCUGGAGCACAGGGCACGCAUGGACCUGAUACUGCACUACAGCCGUCUGUCUGAGGAGGCAGCUAAGAAAGAGCGGAGGGCCAUGUGGAAAGUACAGAGGCUGAGACUACAUGAAGCCAGAGUGAACUUCCUACAGCAGGAUCAACACACCGUACAGGCUCUGCUUGUGAGAUAUCCUUUAGGACAGGAAUGCCCCAUUCAGGGUCCAGCCCUUACAAAGAAACCACCUGAGAAUCAGCAGGAAUCCCAAUCUUCUGAGAUACAAAUGAAAAAUAUGACCAUGGCGCAGGAGCCCACUGCUCCUUCUGAUUUGACUCUGGUUCCUCCUCGCCCUCCUGCAGUUCUUCCCCCUUCCAUCAGGAACAUCGAUGUUCUGAUCUCAGAUCAAAUUAACAUUACAGACCUCCUCCCGAAAGCUCCACGUCCUGCGGACAGUGCAACAGUGACUCAGGCUCUACAGGACAUCGGCUGUGACCUCUCUGAAUUCUCCAGAAUCCCUGAUUCAGACUAUGACUUCUCCUCCCCCUACAGCCCUUUGGAAUGCCUUAGGCCCCAGUCAUGCUCUGCUCUUCCCUCCCUCUCCUACCAAGUCCCAGAGCCUGGGGCAGAUCAACAUGGCCAUCCUUCACAUAAUUCACUUCAGCUGGAAGAUGGUGCUGCCUCAGGGCAUAAGUCGCAGACACGAGAGCAAAACAUGGCCCCGAAUAAAUGUCAGGAGAGAAACAAACUGCUGAAAGAGAAGAUUUUAUAUGGAGAAGAAAAGGAACCUUCACCAUGUGGUGUGGUGUUGGAGCCAAAACUACCAAAAGUUAGCAUGGCAGAGAAGGACAAGGCUAUUGAGCAACAUGCUCAGCCCAUUUUUACAUUAGCUGAACAAAUGCCAAUAGAUCUCCCUCUGAUCCCGGUUAGUAGCCCAGACUCUGAUGUCCAAAACAAACCUAAGAACAACGUCUCAGUGGAAGAUAGUGUUUUUUCAUCCAAUACUGUCCAGGGCCGUUCUUUUAAUGCUAACAUUAGGACUGAUGGGUUUGUUUCUGCAGUUACUGGACCAGCUCCCUCUCUAAAUAUCCAUGGUCAUGUAUCCGAUGCCCAUAUUAAAGUAGGAGAACUGGUAUCUGAGGUUCUUACUCCAGUACCUUCACAAAAUAUCCAUGGCCAUGUUUCUGAUGCCCAUAUUAAAGUUGGACAGCUUGUUUCUGAAGUUACUGUACCUGUUUCCUCUCCAAAUAUCCAUGGCCAUGUCUCUGAUGCCCAUAUUAAAAUAGGAGAACAAGUAUCUGAGGUUCUUACUCCACUACCUUCACAAAAUAUCCAUGGGCAUGUUUCUGAUGCCCAUAUUAAACUAGGAGAACAAGUAUCUGAGGUUCUUACUCCACUACCUUCACAAAAUAUCCAUGGCCAUGUCUCCGAUGCCCAUAUUAAAGUUGGACAGCUUGUUUCUGAAGUUACUGUACCUGUUUCCUCUCCAAAUAUCCAUGGCCAUGUCUCCGAUGCCCAUAUUAAAAUAGGAGAACUGGUUUCUGAGGUUCUUACUCCACUACCUUCACAAAAUAUCCAUGGCCAUGUCUCUGAUGCCCAUAUUAAUUUUGGACAGUUUGUCUCUGAGGUCAAUGUACCGGUUCCCUCUCUAAAUAUACAUGGUCAUGUCUCAGAUGCCCAUAUUAAUCUAGGAGAACAAGUAUCUGAGGUUCUUACUCCAAUACCUUCACAAGAUAUCCAUGGCCAUGCUUCUGAUGCCCAUAUUAAAGUUGGAAAGCUUGUUUCUGAGGUGACUUCCCCCACUGAAAAAAUGCCAAUAGAUCUUCCUCUGAUCCCUGGAAGUAACCCAGACUCUGAUGUCCAAAACAAACCUACAAACAACGUCUCAGUAGGAGAUAGUGUUUCCUCGUCCAAUACUGACCAGGGCCGUUCUUUUAAUGCUAACAUAAGGACUGAUGGGUUUGUUUCUGCGGUUAAUGUACCUGUUUCCUCUCCAAACAUCCAUGGCCAUGUUUCUGAUUCCCAUAUUAAAUUAGGAGGACUGGUUUCUGAGGUUCUUACUCCACUAUCUUCACAAAAUAUCCAUGGCCAUGUUUCUGAUGCCCAUAUUAAAGUUGGACAGCUUGUUUCUGAGGUUACUGUACCGGUUUCCUCCCCAAAUAUCCAUGGCCAUGUCUCUGAUGCCCAUAUUAAUUUAGGAGAACUGGUUUCUGAGGUUCUUACCCCACUACCAUCACAAAAUAUCUAUGGCCAUGUCUCUGAUGCUCACAUUAAAAUAGGAGAACUGGUUUCUGAGGUUCUUACACCAGUACCUUUACAAAACAUCCAUGGCCAUGCUUCUGAAUCUCAUUUUAAAGUUGGAGAGCUUGUUUCUGAGGUGACCUCCCCCACUGCCUCUCGCAAUAUCUAUGGUCACGUCUCUGAUGCUCAUAUAAAGAUUGGUGAGCAUGUAUCUGAAGUACCAACCUUAACCUCUUCCUGUAAUGUUCACGGCCACGCCUCUGACGCUCAUAUAAAGGUGGGUGAGUUUGUCUCGGAUGUCGUUUCGUCUCUCCCUCGUUGGAGCAAAUAUGGCCAUUCCUCAGACAGCACUCUUAAAGUGGGUUGUCUUAUACCAGAAGCUGAAGCAACACAUUCCCCAUUGCCUGGCAUUGUUUACGGUCACUCCUCAGAUUCUACACUGAAGGUCGGCUGUGUCGUAUCUGGUUCAGACCCACUGCCUUCGCCACUCCCCGGUAGUGCUUAUGGGCACUGCUCAGACUCCACAUUGGGUGUGGGUUGUGUGGUAAUGGGGGCACAGGUCCCUCAGCAGGUCCCUCACCCAGGUAGUGCCUAUGGACAUUGCUCUGACUCCAGCCUUGGUGUAGGAUGUGUGGUGCAGGGGAUCACACAUGGAAGCUUUUAUAGUGAAGCCCAUCAGAUCGGAUUCAAGCUGCCCACAGAGAACAAGAACAAGCGAGAGGCACAGGACGCCACAGCUGCUCCCCAAACACAGCUGCUGACUCUGAGUGAGGGUCUCAGUGCCUGGGCCCAGGGGCUUGGACUGUCUCCCUCGGAGAGACCAGAGGAUGACUACCUCCUCAGGCUGGCCUCUCAAUACCAUGCUGAGCAGUACGAGGAUUCCUACAGGCAAAUGAUGUCGGCCCCCGAUGCUCAGCUCCUGCAGCAGGUGACCCGUGGGCCAAACGUUCUCCCGGCAGAGUCGUCUCUGCACUGUGCCACAGACUCGACCGCUGUGCAGCUCAGUGAGAUGAUGCCCCUCCCCGUGCUCAUGAAACACUCCGUCACGACCCCGCUCAUCACACAUUUGUCAUUGGUGAAUAAGUCAGUGGUGGAUUAUUUCUUUGUGGAGCUGAGAGUGGAGAAGCACUUUGAAGCUUUGCGGCACUUCUUACUGAUGGAAGACGGCGAAUUUGCGCUGUCACUUACUGACCGGCUCUUUGAGAAGUUGGGCAGUGGGCAAACCCCUGGAGAGCUCCUGACACCCCUGGUGCUGAACUCCAUCCUGAACAAGGCCAUGCAGUACAGUGUGCAUGGUGACAGUGAGCUGGCUCCUAACUUCACGUUUGCAUUGCGUUAUCUCCCCGAAGUCUUCCAUCCCCAUGCUCCUGACUCACUUAACUGCCUCGAGCUACGCUACAAGGUGGACUGGCCGCUGAAUAUCAUCAUAACAGACAGCUGUAUGAAUAAGUACAACCGGCUCUUCUCCUUCCUGCUGCAGCUCAAACACAUGGUGUGGUCUCUCAGUGACGUGUGGUUUCAUCUCAAACGCACAGCUCUGGUAAAAGGAGCAGGACGCUCGGUGCAGUUCCGUCAGCUGCAGCUUUACAGACAUGAGAUGCAGCACUUUGUGAAGGUGAUCCAGGGUUACAUCGCUAAUCAGAUCCUGCAGGUCUCCUGGAGCGAGUUCACACAAAAGCUGAGCAGUGCCAAUGACCUGGACACCAUCCACCACACACACGCGGAGUACCUCAACAGGGCCAUCUUCAGGGCUCUGCUGACAGAGAAAGCUGCUCCCGUGAUGAACAUCAUCCACAGCAUCUUCAGUCUCAUCCUGAAGUUCCGUGGCCAGCUGAUCGCUCAGUCCUGGCAGACACAGCAGGGUGAAGCGGUGCACCCGAGCUUCAUCGCCAUGCAGCAGUCUUACAACACCUUCAAGUAUUACUCUCGCUUCCUGUUCAAAGUGGUUUCCAAACUGGUGGAUAAAGGCUACCAGCCUCAUUUAGAAGACUUCCUGCUGCGGCUUAACUUCAACAACUACUACAAGGACUCAUGAUGUAUUUAUGUUCAGCUGUAUGCAAAAGAUCUGCUUCUAGCUCUUAUAGCUGUCCUGUACUGCGCAGUGCUGUACGUAUUAGAGCUGUGUGUGUUUUCACCUUUUAUACAGUGGAUUCAGCACUCACCUGCCAUUCAGGAAGUCAGCAGUUUGCCCAGACUACUUAAUUAAUUCCACAGUUAAGGACUCGAGCAUCUCUUCAUGUUUGCCUUCUGGACAUUGACCUGAGAAUUCGUCAUAGAAAAUUAGUGCCUGUCUGUACAGUCCAGCUUGUUCCAUUACUGCUGUUGCAAUUGAUUUGAUUUUGAAUUUAAAUAAAUCAACAAGCUUAAUAGAA